UAUGCGCAGGAUUAGGGCUAAAAUAUAGCAGUUACAUGACUGCAUACGGGUAGCGUGGUGUCUACAAAUGUCAUAUAUGUUUGCAUACUAAAAUUCUGCAAUUUUCAACCGCGCUAUGCAGUAAACUGCUAUAGUACAGCCGAGAUAUCUAAGCAUUCAGAUGCAUGCAAAUGCGAUGAAGCGGUGAUCACUUCAGAUUUAUGCAUAGAUUAGAUGAAGGAAUGAAGGUGCUAUUUGGAGAAAUCGGUCGAAGAUAGAGGAUCACUGAGGGUGAAUAUGAGUAAAGAGUCACAAAUGAGAGCUGCUAUUAAUCAGAAGUUAAUAGAAAUGGGCGAACGGGAGAGGCUGAAGGAGUUACUUCGAGCCAAACUUAUAGAAUGUGGAUGGAAGGACCAGCUGAAAGCACACUGCAAAGAUGUCAUCAGAGAAAAGGGAUUUGAACAUGUCACAGUGGAGGACCUGGUUGCAGAAAUUACACCAAAGGGAAGAGCUCUCGUGCCAGACAGUGUGAAGAAAGACCUUCUGCAAAGAAUAAGGGCAUUUCUAGCCCAGCAUUCUGCGUUAUGAAGGGAGCUUUUCAUUUUAAUGCCAUGUUGUUGCAUCUUAACCAAGACGUGAGAUAAUCUUCAUUUUUGGUACCUUUUUUUUAGUUGUUUUUUCAUAAUCAGGCACCGGCUCUGGGAUGUUCAGGUUUAUCAAUAAAUGUUUUUGCUUUCUCA